GCGUCUAUACCGUGAACAUUAUUUUUGACACGAACAUUGUAAUGGUUGAAUGAGGGUAACCCCCGACUAGGAAGUUUAAAAGUUUAUAUUUACGUCAGGGAAUAUUAUGACAAAAGUCAUUCAUGUUUAUCAAGUUGACAGGGCUACAUUGGUUUAGGUGAUGAAGUUAAAGUGAAGAGAUAAUCCUAAAGAAAAAAGAAGAUUUCAUGAUAAGUGACAAAUGCGGAUAUUUUGACAGCUGCGUAAACAAAGAAGAUGGAAUCACGAGUGUCUAUAUUCUACGUACAGCCGGACGGCGAGGUUUGGGCCGACUACCUUUAUCAGAAACUGAUUGCCAAAGAGUAUGAAAUAAACUGUGAAAAAAUAGAAUUUACCGGAAAAUCAGAAUCUAGCUUACAUUCUUCAGUAUUUAAUGUGUUUUUCGUCACACCAGAUUUUCUGGACACACAAAACUGGAAAUGGUCGAACAGUGUUGAUACGAGCAGGUGUCUUCUGGUAUUGACUGGCACGGAGCAUGAUGAUUUGGAAGAGUCCGCGAGAUAUCACGAGUGCGAACAUGUGAAUGAGUUCUAUAUUCAUGAACUAAAGGAAACAGAAGAGUCAGUUCGAGAUCUCCUCAUUAUUAUUAUAUCAAAAUAUGAGGAAAGUGAUCAUCAUCAUGAGUCCCCGUCACCCCCGACACACCAGUCUCCUCGCGAACCUCUUCACUACAGGGGCAGUGAACCCAAAAAUUUUAAAUAUAAAGACAGACUAUCAGCAAAAUCCACAGGCAGAGCUUAUACUGGUAUGAGAAAUUCGCCAAACGUUGUAAGAAAGACUAUUAGUGAAGGUCAAUACGACAGGCUGCCAAACUACCAACGCCAAGUGAAUGGUGUUAGAGAUGUUGUCUGUAAGAAUGGCAAGCUGUUUAUUCUGUUAUGGAGGCAGGCGGAGGGCGAAUUGAAGGUCAGGCUACAAGACAAAGAUAUAGUUCCAGUGGAUACACACUGUGCUGUGUAUGAAAUUGCUUAUGAAGGAAAGCAGUCUGCAAAUUUGUCGGUUAUACAGGAUGGGGAUGUAAUAGGCCAACACCUUGUUCAGGCCCCUACUUCCGCAGUCGACGGUGCACCAACUGUGAUUGAAAGUACCAAGUUACCUCAUCCAACCAGUGUGUCUGUGGAAACCCAGACGGACGAAUCAGAUAUCAACGAGGGUCGGUCAAUAAUUUCAAAAACAUCUCGCGAUUCGUUAUAUGUAAACAUUGACGAUGUUUCCCGAGAAAGUUCCGAACCAUGUCCGGAAGGCAUCUCGAAAAUGAGCCGGGAAAACAAACUUGAAUAUAUUCGAAAAAUUUUGGAGGAUGAAACGGAUCCUGAAGAGCUUCUGUGCCAAUGUCUUGGUAUAGAUAAGGGCGUCAGACAUCUGGAUGAAAAAAUGACUUCAAUGGUUCAAAGUGUAGAGACGCUCAGACAUUUAUCGUUUUCCGGUAGACAAAGUAGCUCAGAUGAAAAAGAAAGUUCAACUUGGCCGACGCUUGUACAUUUUGGCGCCCAAUUCAACCUCCUCAACUUCUGUGAUGUGUUGCUUAGCAACCCAUUGAUGUAUGGCGCUUGCGUUAGAAAGAAUAAAGACGGCAACAUGCCACAUGACAUUGCACGAAUUCACGGUCAUAAGGAACUAGCAGAAAUGUUAAAACAUUUUUCAGAAUUCGUUAAAGCCGAGAAAGAACGUGACAGUGGAGUAUCCGGUUUAUCUAGCACACCUAGAUUGUCGACCAUAAGUGGGGAACCACCCCCGCCUCCGCCCCAUAGAACACGUAACAGUGACAAUAAUUAUAUCGAUAUGAGCGGGAUACACGUCCAGGAUGACUAUGUUAAUGAAAGAGAGGCUGAGAAACUGCGCAGCCAUCCACGUAAACACCUCAGAGAAGUUUCAGCAGAUGGAGGCUUUUGUGGUUCACUGGAGGCUUCUGAUGACGAUGAUUAUCUCAACAUGUCUCAAAAAAUAUCGCCACUUGCGACAGUACACACAACUUUUGAGUCUCCUCAUAGUUCACUGACUUCAUCCUUCCACGAUCUCAUGCAUAGUCAUGAUUCCGCUGUGUCUGAUCCCGAGAGACGCACGUUAAUUGGCACAGACGAUGAAAGUGACCCGGAUGUACCACAUCACAAAGAUGUGGUGAACAUGCUGGGUAUGGAGCAGCCGAUUUCUCCUGAUGACACGAGGAAGACCAAAACAUCUAAGUUGAAAAAGUUGUUCUUUGGAAAGAAAACCCGGAGCAAAUCAGAGCCAGCGAUUGAUAUUUUAUCCGUCAAAAGAUCAACGAAUUCCAAGUCAUAUUACCGGGACUCCGCACGCUCUAGUUCAAGCACUGCCUCAACAUAUUCGGACUCUUCCUUUAGAGAUGAAGAUGGCUCAGAGGUUCAGUUGAGAGGAGACGGAAAAAGUGGGAAAAAAGUCAAAGGCUUCUUAAAGAAGGCAAAGCGGCGACAAUCUCAACGCGUGAAGCAAGCAAUGGAAGAUAAUCAAAUCAAAGCACCAGCACUCCCCUCCCGAUCUGAAGUGUUUUAGAUAUGACUGGAUAUUAUGUAACAUGUAUAGCAUCUAUUUUCUUUUCUAUGCAAAAGGGAUGCGGAAAGAAAACCUCUUCGAUUUUACUUGUUGUUCCCCUUCUGUGAGGACAGAGAGAGAUCAAAGAUCAUUUGUGAACUAUGGCUAGACCAACCGUCAUUUAUGAACUAGGGUAUUGAUUAUUUGUGAACUUGACUAAAACAAUCGAUCAUGUCUUAACGGGACUAUCAGUUAUUUGUGAAAUAGAUCGGUCAUUUGUUCACGAACCCAAUGAACAUGUUUUAUGAACUAUCGUGAUUGUGUGAAUGCGGCCAUUGAUUAUUCGGAACUAGGCAAUCAAACAUUUGUGAACGAGACUAUUGAUCAUUGUGAACCAGGUCAUCGAUAAUUUGUGAACGAGGCCAGUGCACAUAAAACUUUUGUGAACUAGGUUAUCGAUCAUUUGUGAACUAGGCUAUUGGAUCAUUUGUGAACUAGGCUAUCCAUCAUUUGUGAACUAGGCUAUCCAUCAUUUGUGAACCAGGCUAUCCAUCAUUUGUGAACUAGGCUAUCCAUCAUUUGUGAACCAGGCUAUCCAUCAUUUGUGAACUAGGCUAUCCAUCAUUUGUAAACAAGGCCCUUGAUCAAUUUGAAUGUUUAUCCCAGGUCUUUACAUUCAUAAUUUGUUCACUUUUGUAUUUUAUCAGUUUUACUGAAGUUGAUCAGGUGAUCAUGGGGGUGAUUAAUAAAAUGAAUCGUGAAAUGUGGGCGGAAUGCAUGCUUACGUACGUAUGUGAAUUAUAGUUUUUCAAGAGCAUUUAAUGCUUUCAUCAGUGGAGCUGUGCAAUACCCAGUAUAUCAGUUUGUAAAUUACAAAAAAAAGAGCAAAAUAAUGAUACACGUCACACGGCGAACCAUUUAUAUUUUCUUUCAGUUAUAAAACUUUUUUUUUUUGUAAACCUGAAGCUUUCGUGGUUGGACUUAUGUAAAUAAGUGUAUCCUGUAUAAUAGUGUAUAUUAGUUUACAAGUGGCAUUUAAUUACAUUUAUGUGAUAGCACUUGUGUAUAGUGCAUUUAAUGGUAUCAGAUCAUCAUAAUUUGCAUUUUGUAUUUACGAAGAUUUUCACUUUUUAAAAUAGCUUGGUUUUCUUAUGUUGCAUAUAUUAUAAAAUUACGAAGUUUUUCACUUUUAAAAGUAAUUUUUUCAGUGAAAAUGGAGGUUUUUACCCGCCAAUUCCCUGUAUUUUGAUGUAGAGUUUAGUAUAUUUUUCAGUAUUAUCAUGGACACAUUUCAAACAACUGUACAUAAAAACAGGAAUUAAGAAUUUUACAUACUAUUUGUAAAAAUACGUGUAUAUAUGCUAUCGGUAUCUGGUUGUGAUUAUUUAUUUCAUUUUCGCAUAUAUUCUUCCGUCUAUCAUCUCUUUCUUUCAACUUGACAAGUUCAUUAUCAAAAUAUAUUGUUAGUAUGACUUUACACCCGGCAAUUGUUUCCUAUUUGGUGUGAAAUUUAAUCUUUAAAUAGAAAAGUGUCUUUAAUUUCCCUACAUUGUUUUAGCUUCGUGUUUCAACAUAUUCGUUAGAUGUUCAGUUUUUUUUAACACGAAGAUGAUCGUUUUUAGAUUUAUUGAGUAUAUACUUUAUUCAAAUCGACCUUUUGCGACUUAACAGCGUUUAAACUGUGUAUAAAAUUAUGUCUCUAAUAUUCAUUUUACACUUUGAUUAAAAUUUAAAAUUUUAAGUCAUAUUUUAACUUCAUCAGCUUUACAUUAAGCAGUAAUGUAAAUAAAGUAUUUUAGUAUUUUACUAGUAUUUUUAACCAAGUGUCUUGCUAAGCAAGAAGGGGUCAAUCAAACAGUGUUAAAACAUCUGUAUAGCAAUCAUUGAAAAUGCUUUUGCAUUUUUAUGCAACUGGCCUUAUAAUGUGCUUUUGUUAAGACUUAUUUAUUUUGAUAAAUAAAAUAAAGAAAACUGA